AUGAGCGACGACUUUGUCCGCCUCGUCUCGACCGCAAACCCGGCCUACCAACAGACCUCGAACGGCUACCCGCCCUCGUCCUCCAAUUCCCCAUACUCCAACAACAACUACCAGACCCAGUCGCCCCAGCUCCUCGACCCCUUCUUUGACGACGAAGACGAGUACAAUACCCCACAACAGUCCUCCCGCAAUGCACCAGAUUCCGCUUUUGGCUCCUUUCCUCCCAUGCAGAGCAAGGAGAGCAACAUCCAUCUCACUUCCGCCGCCGCACCCCCAGCCGGCGCCUCCAAGCUCUCUCUUUCUACCAACGGCGCACCACAAGGCUGGACAUUCGACGAUGACGAAUCCGUACCCUCACAACCUGGGCCAACAACCAAGAAACGUGGCUUCGCCGACAGGCUCCGGCAUACCAAGUUCAAGUGGCCCUGGAAGAAGGAGGCCGUCCUGACAGGAGAACGUCUCGUAGCCCUCAACCUCCCGGAAGCAAAUGCAGAGUUCAUCUCGAACUAUGUCUCCACCAGCAAAUACAAUCUCGCCACAUUCCUCCCCAAAUUCCUCUUCGAGCAAUUCUCGAAAUACGCCAACUUGUUCUUCCUAUUCACCGCGUGUAUUCAGCAAAUACCGGACGUAUCUCCCACGAACAAAUGGACGACUAUAGCCCCGCUUUCUGUUGUCCUCUUGGCUUCAGCGUACAAAGAAGUCCAGGAAGAUCUGAAACGGCAUCAAUCAGAUUCGGACCUCAACUCCCGUCCUGCCAAGGUGCUGACUCAAAGCGGGACUUUUGAGGUCAAGAAGUGGAAGAAUAUCCAGGUUGGCGACGUCGUACGGAUAGAGAACAACGAUUUCAUCCCGGCCGACCUCAUCCUCCUGGCCUCGAGUGAACCGGAAGGAUUCUGUUAUAUCGAAACGUCCAACCUCGACGGUGAAACGAACCUGAAGAUCAAGCAAGCCUCUCCUCACACAUCUUCCCUUACAUCUCCCCAUCUUGUCACAGCCCUUCGGGGAUCUCUCCGCUCCGAACAACCCAACAACUCACUCUAUACGUACGAGGGUACAUUCGACAUCACCACACAGGCUGGCUUCCCGAAGCAGAUUCCCCUAGGACCCGAUCAACUACUUCUGCGAGGCGCCCAGAUCAGAAAUACACCUUGGGCGUACGGGUUUGUCGCUUUCACCGGGCAUGAGACCAAGCUAAUGCGAAACGCAACCGCUGCACCCAUCAAGAGAACUGCAGUCGAGCGACAGGUCAAUGUUCAAAUCGUUUUCUUGUUUAUACUCCUGUUGCUGCUUUCCUUGGGAUCGACCAUCGGCAGUAGCAUCCGGACAUGGUUCUUUUCGAACCAACAAUGGUACCUGCUCGAAACUACCUCACUUUCCGACAGAGCGAAAAGCUUUAUCGAAGAUAUCCUCACUUUCAUUAUUCUCUACAACAAUCUCAUUCCUAUCUCCCUCAUCGUUACCAUGGAAGUAGUCAAAUUCCAGCAAGCACAACUCAUCAACUUCGACCUCGAUAUGUACUACGCACCCACGGACACCCCUGCCCUCUGCCGAACGUCGUCCCUCGUCGAGGAGCUCGGCCAGAUCGAAUACGUCUUCUCCGACAAGACCGGUACCCUCACCCGUAACGAGAUGGAGUUCCGGUGCUGUUCGAUAGCCGGGCAUGCCUAUGCCGAUGAAGUCGACGAGAGCAGACGAGGUGGCGAGGGUGGCGUUGCGGAGGACGGGAAGGAACCUUGGAGGACGUUCAAGGAGAUGCGAGGGUUAUUGGAACGCGGCAGUCAGAAUCCGUUCUCGGACUUCUCGGAGGGCGAUGCCGGAGGGGCAGGCUCGGUCCAGGCGAGCGCGAAGGAGGUGGAGGUGUUGAGGGAGUUCUUGUCGUUGCUUGCGGUUUGUCAUACGGUCAUUCCGGAAGUGAAGGACGGGAAGAUGAUUUAUCAGGCGAGUAGUCCUGACGAGGCUGCGUUGGUCGCGGGCGCAGAAUUGCUGGGAUUCCAGUUUCAUACCCGGAAGCCGAAGUCGGUCUUUGUGAACGUACUAGGCGAAUCGCUGGAGUACCAGAUCUUGAACGUUUGCGAGUUCAACUCGACACGUAAACGCAUGUCUACCGUCGUUCGAUGCCCCGAUGGCUCGAUCAAACUCUACUGCAAAGGCGCUGACACCGUCAUUCUUGAACGUCUGAGCCCGAACCAGCCUUACACCGAUAAGACCUUGGCCCACCUUGAGGAAUACGCCACGGAAGGCCUCCGGACGCUUGCGAUCGCUUACCGUGACAUACCAGAAUCGGAGUACAAGCAAUGGGUGUCUAUCUAUGACCAGGCCGCUGCGACGAUCAAUGGACGCGGUGACGCCCUCGACAAGGCGGCUGAGAUCAUCGAGAAGGACAUGUUUUUACUGGGUGCCACGGCCAUCGAGGAUAAGCUGCAGGAGGGAGUGCCCGAUACUAUCCAUACCCUCCAAGCGGCCGGUGUCAAGGUGUGGGUAUUGACGGGAGACCGACAGGAGACUGCAAUCAAUAUCGGGAUGUCCUGUCGAUUGAUCACCGAGUCGAUGAACCUGGUCAUCAUCAAUGAGGAGAAUAUGCACGAUACCAAAGAGACUCUCGAACGACGGUUAACGGCCAUCAAGAAUCAACGAAGCACCGGCGAGCUUGAAGACCUGGCUUUGAUCAUCGAUGGCAAGAGUUUGACCUUUGCGUUGGAGAAGGAACUUUCCAAGACCUUCCUUGAGCUGGCGAUUAUGUGCAAGGCCGUCAUUUGCUGUCGUGUAUCGCCCUUGCAGAAAGCUCUUGUCGUCAAACUCGUCAAGAAGAACCAAAAGUCGAUCCUUCUGGCUAUUGGCGACGGUGCGAAUGACGUGAGCAUGAUACAGGCCGCGCAUGUGGGCGUAGGUAUCUCUGGAGUCGAGGGUUUGCAAGCUGCUCGUUCUGCAGAUGUCGCCAUCUCUCAAUUCCGGUUCUUGAAGAAACUGAUGCUUGUGCACGGGGCUUGGAGUUACCAGCGACUUUCGAAACUGAUCCUCUACUCAUUCUAUAAGAAUAUCACGCUGUACAUGACACUCUUCUGGUAUUCCUUCUUCAACAACUUCUCGGGACAGGUCGCCUACGAAUCGUGGACUUUGUCCAUGUAUAACGUUCUUUUCACGGUCCUUCCUCCCCUGGUCAUCGGCGUCUUCGACCAAUUCGUCUCCGCGCGUAUCUUAGACCGCUAUCCUCAGCUAUACAUGCUCGGUCAGCAGAACGCCUUCUUUACUCGGACUGCGUUCUGGCUGUGGGUUGGCAACGCUCUGUAUCACAGUGUCGUAUUAUUUGGAUUCUCCGUAAUCCUGUUCUGGGGAGACCUGAAACAGGCAACCGGGCUCGACUCAGGCCACUGGGUGUGGGGGACCAUGCUCUACCUUGCCGUUCUACUGACUGUCCUCGGAAAAGCGGCGUUGGUUUCUGAUCUUUGGACAAAAUACACGGUCGCUGCUAUCCCUGGAUCUUUCGUGUUCACCAUGCUCUUCCUGCCAUUAUAUGCCGUCGUUGCCCCUGCUAUCGGCUUUUCGCUGGAGUACCUCAACAUAGUGCCGAGGCUGUGGACUGAUGCAGUGCCUUAUUUCAUGCUUCUCCUGGUGCCAAUUUUCUGCCUCAGUCGCGAUAUUGCUUGGAAAUACUACAAGCGGACGUACAUGCCGGCGUCGUACCACAUCGCUCAAGAAAUCCAAAAGUACAAUAUCCCUGACUACCGCCCGCGACAAGAACAAUUCCAAAAGGCUAUCAAGAAGGUACGCGCGGUGCAGCGUAUGCGACGAAACCGUGGCUUUGCAUUCAGUCAGACGGAGAACCCGGCACGGCAGGACCAGUCGCGGCUUAUUCGGGCGUACGAUACGUCGCAAACACACGCACGGCCUUCUGGAUAUUAGACCUGCGAGAGGGGGGUUGUGUUGUUCGCUCUUUUGUCUUGUCUGUUGUCAUCUUUUGCUUUGCUCGGACAUCUUACUAGUCCUUCUUCAGUCCGUUAUGUUGUUCGAUGGUGGAUGCGGGUGCAUGGACAGUAUGUACUUUAGUUUAGGUCUCCGUAAUCUAGAUGCAUGUCUAGCUUUGUGUUCCAAGGGGAUGAUCAAAUGCCCAAAUCUU